UUCCUUAGUAAACAGCUGUGUUGUCUUCGGGUGCAAAUAUUCCCAGAGUUCUCGUUAGAAACAUGGCGGCACGACUUAUGGUAGUACACAGAUAGUCAGGCAAUGGAAGUUCUUUUGUAUUUAUGACUCUUUUCUGACUAGUCAUUUGACUGCAGCCAUGCUGGAGCACCGCCUUAAAGGGUUUUAGUAAGAGAAAUCAACCCCAGGACUUAUACUUCUUUUGACAAGCCUAUGACAUGGAUUCCUCUCAGGAUGGUGAAUCUUUUCCAAAUUGGGAUUUACUUCCUGAACAUUUACUUCUUCACAUCUUCUGCUAUCUUUCGGCACAGAGCGUCCUCAAUUGCUCCCAAAUGUGCACAAAAUGGUUGCGCAUAGCAUAUGAUGAGUUGCUCUGGAAGAAGCUUUUCUAUGCAGAGUGGAACAUUAACCGAGAUGUUGCUAUGUCUCCUGGCAAGAAGUCUUGGAUGGAGGAAUACAAACGUCUCUUAUACCACACACCCUCUGUUGAAAGUGAAGUUCUCAAGCAGCACAAUGACCAAGUUCUGCAUGUCAGCUUUUCUCAUGAUGGUUCCAUGUUUUCGACUUGUUCCAAGGAUGGUUAUGUGAAGGUGUGGUAUUCUUCCAAUCCUGUAACUUUAAGAUAUAAAUAUAACAUGAAGAACCUGACCUGGAAGUACACUCAGUUUUCUCAAUUUAAUGAAACGAAUACACUUUUGUUGGUGUCUGGAGUUUACUUUGGUGAAAUGAGCACUUCUGGAGAGAUAGCAGUUUUCAGCCUUACUGAUGAAUUUCAAUUACAGUGUCGUGUUUUAAAUAAACCUUAUGAUGUUUUUGGUACUUGGUACAAUUCAAGCUAUUUACUCUCUGGUCAUCUGCACUGGUUUGGUCCUGUACAGUCCUAUUGUGAUAUCUGGCUGAACAAAGCAUUUCAAGCAACUGACUCUGAACACGAGUCUGUUGUGAUGCUGAUGUACCGUUUCAAAAAUAUAAAUGCUAGUUCUAUUCGAGCUAUUAUGAUUGCAAACUGUAUGACAGAGGAUGAAAAUCAUUCUAGUGAGGAUUUAACUGCAAAUAACAGUACAGAAGAUCAAGCAGAAUCUUCUAGUGAAAAAGAUGUUGAUUUGAAUGGCAAAAAUCCUAAAAACUCUGUUCCUUUACGGGUCUCAUCAUGUACAAGGGCUUCUAAUUGUCCAAAUUGCAAUAAAAGACGAGCUGAUAAAAUAUCUCAACAGAAGGCCACAUGUACGAAUGGUGAGCAAACUAAACGUAGCUGCAAGAAUCUUCAAUGUAUUAAUUUAAUUCAAAAUAGAAAGCUUCAAAAUCAUAUGCUGGCAGUUUCUAAUGAUGAUGUUGAGGAUAAAAAUACAAUUGAUUCUAGUGAAGAUUACCAAAAUGCAGAAGCCACAAGAUUUGAUGAUUUAGACUCUGAUAUUUCUGAUACAUUAGUAAUGAAUUCUUCUGAUUCUGAAGAAUGUCUAUGUAUGUCUGACUGUUCUGGAGUUUUAAGCAACAGUAAUCGCUGCAACAGCAGUACAAACAAUGAAUUAUUUGAAUCUAAACCUCUUGAAGAAAAAUUAAAUAAUGAUAAAGAUUCAGAUAAAUGUUCUAUGCCUGGUUGUGUUAGAGAUCCAAGAAGCUGUUCUCCUGCUGGAGUAUGGAUUCCCAAAAGAAAUACAAAUAUCCGCAAGAAUUUAAGGUUUUCAUCUGCUACAACUUCACUGAAAGAUAUAGAAGAAAUAUCUAAGAAGGCUAGUGACUCAAAGGAAAACACAAAAGUUCAUGACAAAUACCUUAUUUUUACAACGGGUUCUAAAACUUACACACCUCAUCAGAUUGGUAUUAAAAAAAUUCAUUCUCUUGAAGCUGUACAUUAUGAAAAUGUGGAAGAGUCUGAAGAUGGUGUAAGGUUGCUCCCAAAUGUGGAAGACAAUCAACCAGGAUCCCCUCACAAGUUUGAUGAAGUCGAUCAUCUUAUUGAACUUGAUGGCCAUAUUAUUGGCAUGUGUUUGUCACCUGACCAUAGAUAUCUUUAUGUAAACAGCCGGCCCUGGCCUAAAAAUUGUAGCAUUGAAAAUCCACUAACACCACCUCCCAUUGCCCAGGAGAUUGAUAUCCAUGUGAUAGACUUGGUCCACAUGAAGGAAAUGGGCACCAUGCACAGGUCCCAUAAAGCAUACACUCCAAAUGAUGAGUGUUUCUUUAUUUUCCUUGAUGUCUGUGAUGAAUUUGUUGCAAGUGGUGCUGAGGACAAGUUUGGUUAUUUAUGGGAUAGGCACUAUGGUGUUUGCCUCCAAAAGUUCCCACACAAAGAUGUAGUGAACUCUGUUGCAUUUCAUCCUAAAAAUCCUGAGAUGUUAGUAACUGUUAGUGAUGACUACACCGUAAAAAUCUGGCGUUCUCGUCAUUUGGAAAAGCUUUGUAAACAGGAAAGAGCUAGCAAUAACAAGGACCAAAUAACACCAGAGUUUGAAUGUAAUCUAACACAGACUGAACAGUUGAAUUCAGAACCACAUUGACCCUAGCAGUCAAAGUCAUACACAUAAUGGCAGAAAGAUAAGCAGAAACAGAAAAGCUUAAGGCAUAAACAGUUACAAUGAUAUUCAUUUAUUUUAAUCUCAGCUUGGCUGUAUUUUUGCUGGUACAAUAGUUUGUUUCAAACAUUCCUGCUUUAUUUAAACUUAAUGUAUCUCAAUUGUUAAAGAGCCUACCAAUUCAAUCAAAUUUUUUUUCACAUUGCGAAAUGGAAAUCCAACAUAUUUUCAUGAUAGUAUGUUUAGAUAGACAUCCGAUUGAUACAGCGUGUAUGUGUGGGUAUAUGUGUGUAUAUCUACUUACACACACACAAACAUAUAUAUAUAUUCACACAAAUACAUACAUGUGUAUAUAUUUAAUUUCCAUGUAUACUCUGACUUCCUUUUGUUUUGUAAAUUAACAAUGUUGUCAGUGACCAGAAAUUUGCUUUCUUACAAUGGAGUAAACAGUUUUCUCUUUGAUUCACAUCUCAGUGUGAGCUUUUUAUUUAACAUAAUGACUUUUUAAAUGGAGACAUAAAACUUUGUUUUUCCUUUAAUACAAUCUGAAAAUCUUUGUAAACAAUGUUCUUCUAUGUAGUGCCUCAAAUAAGAGAAACAACAUUACUAAUUAGUCAGCCUAUAAUUACAUUUGUAAUUUUGUACUUUUGAGACAUACAUUUUCCUCUUUUAGAAGUGCGGAACUGCUUUACGCAAAAAAUAAUCAUAAAUUUGACAUUAAGAAGCUUUGCCUUUCAUCCUUGUGGUGGAUGGGAAUAAAUAAGUACAGAUCAUAUAUUGUGUUGAUGGUAAUCAACUAUAUUCUUCUUUUGUAUAAUUUGUACUCCCUUGUCAGUAUUAGAAAUCAGUUUUGUUCUAUUUGGGGCUUACUGCUUAUAACUAUUAUUUUCUUUGAAAGAAAGAUAAACUAUUAAUGCUGUUGUUACACCUCAGCUCUUGUAAUGCAAUUAAUUUAAUUUUUUGAUUUUAUUGCAUUAUAAGGUUUGUUUUGAUUGUAUGUAUUUUUAACUUUACUUUUCCUCUAUGAAGAAGAGUAUUUUAUUUAUUUACAGAUAAACUAUCGCUUCUAUAUUAGUUAUGCCAGUUAGCAGUAUCAGUAGGGCAACAGACAAAAUACUUUGUUGCUAUGUCUCUUUAUGCUGCGAGUUCAAUUCCCACCAGGGUUAGCCAUGUCUUUCAUCUUUUUGGAAUCAGUAAAAUAAGUUUUAGUCAAGAACUGAGGCUGUUCCAAUUGCACAUAGUCUCCCUCCAAAAUGUUUGGCCUUGUGCUUACCUUAGAAAUCCUAUAUAUAAGUAAUGUGGUUGAAACUUUUAUUGAUUUUUAUUCAGUGUCCCGAAAUUUAUCAGAAAACAACUUAGAAGAAUAUUUAUAAGCUGCUAUAGUCUGUAACAAUGACUAAAACCAACUUAUUUACCAGCUAUUGUGCUUAAUUAUAUAAUAUAAUAGUUCUAUCUUCUUCAAUAUGACAUUGGGUUGAGUUCUAUGCAUUGUUAGAUUUUGGUUUGUAAUUCUUUUUUUUUUUUUAAUUAUUCAUGGUGUUCUUAUCAUUGAAUAAUAAUGAACUUAAGUUUCCUUCACAGAAACAUGUUUUGACUCACAGACUUCUUGAUUAGUUAUUCAAGACAUUCUAAUCUUUGAAAAUAUUUCGUUUCGCUCUUGCAACUUUUCUUUUAUGAGUUUUUUUUUUUAAUGAAGAUGUUCCAAAAAAAAGAAUUUUGUACCAUGAUCAAUAACUACAACCACCACCACAACAACAACAGCAGCAAAAAAAAAAAAAUAAUUGAAUUCAAGUCACUAUGAUGAACUUUUUACAAACUCAGGAUCUUACUUACAUAGACAUUUUCCAAAUAACCAUGGAAGAAUUUUCAUUUCUAUACAUUGUACUGCAGAUUAAAGCUCUAUGAGUAUGGUUUAAAUGAAUAAUCAUAAAAGUUGCAUCGUCUGAAUGUUAUGAGAAGAAAGAAAAACUUUACCUUUGCUUAUGAAAUUUUAUUUGUUCAAAUAUCUGCUGCCAACUUGUAAGAAAAGGUGGUCUGCAGUAAAAGUAAAGUAAAUACAUCUUUUUUUUUUUUCUUUUAACCUUUUUUUUAAAGACUUAUUUAUUUAUUGUCACUGACUCUAGAUUCAUCUUAUUUUCUUCUGAUAUUUUUCAUGUUUAAAAAAAUAUUUUCAGAUUAACAUGGAAAUAAUAUUAAUCUGGGAGUAUUUUCUACUUUAUUUUGAUACAGGAAAAAGAAGUUUGAUUUCAGUUUAUUAUUUUGUGGGUAUAAAGCAGGGGUCAGCAAAGCGGUCAGUUAUGACUCCUUAGGGUCCAUGUGGUUGUCCAAGAAGUCAAUAAACAUCUGAAAUGAUUUUAAGCAUUAAGGGUGCUGAAUUAUUAGUGAACUGAAUCUGAAAGGCUUAAAACUCACUAAUUUCCAACCAAAUAUUGAUACAAUAACUAGUAUACACUAAAUACAUAUUCCACAUUAAAUAUUCUUGCUAUAUCAGUAUAAUAUGACUGAAUUUUUAUUGUUCUUUAUAAAUUUCGUUAAGUGUUUUUAUUAAAUUUCUUUAAAUAUUUCUUAUUAAAAAACAGUAAUAUCACAAAAGAAAUGAGAAAUUGUUUUAAGUCAAAUCUUUUAUCCAUUAAACUGUUUGUCUAUUUUAGAAAUUUACAUGAUGGGGAGUCAAUAAGUUAUCAAUGAUUCUAUGAAGGGAUCAAAGAAAUAAGAAUUUUGCUGACCCCUGGUAUAAAGGCUCUACAUUGAAAUUUCCAAAAUAAAACAAAGUUAUUUUCAUAAACUGAAAUAGGGCAAAAAAUUAACAGUGUACUCAAUUCAAGAAAGUCCAGUUAAAAAGUUGAACAUUUUAUUU